GUUACAUGUUGUUUAAUCCUUUGAUAAUCCAUGUUAUCACAUUGACAAUUGCCUCCACAGAUAUAAAAUAUGCAGAAAGUGUGGAUGAGUUCUAAGUGGGCAAGUAAAAAAUAUUCGAACUCUUUUUUAUUGUUAUGAUAAAUGUGAGUCAUGUAUGAAUUAGGUUAAGGGAAACUUAACAACCAGUCCUUUGUUUGACUGCCAUUUGAUGCUUAAUUCUCACACAUUUUAUUCGUUUAGUCCUGCCCACAGUUAGGAUAAUAUUGUGUAGAUACUUACACCUGUUCUAACACACAUUUAAACUUGUUUCUGUACAUUGGUACAUAGACACGCUUACAUAGACAUGCUUACAUCGACUUUUGUACAGGACCAGGGACUAAAUGUAAAAAGACAUCAAAUCAAGGGGCAUGAACAAAAUUUUUAGACAACAGGGACUAAACAUCAAAUGGCAGUCAAACAAUGGACUCAAUGUCAAUUACAGCUUAGGUUAACACAGAUUGUUAGGUCUCAUUGGCUUCCAAAAAGGAGCAGACAUAAUGUCUUAGGGUUUUCUUUUGUUGAAUGGCUUAUCAAAAUCAUGGAUUCUGUAGGCUAUAUCACAGCUUUCUAUGACAAGUGUACCAUCAUCAGUGGACGCUACAUCAAAUCUUUCUGCUUGUUCCAUUUUUCCACAGCUGCAUUGUAUUCUACAGGCAAAUAUUUUUGAAAGGGAUAAUAUCCUUAGUAUGAUCAAGCAGCUGAGUGCUAGUGAUUCACCAGUUUCCAAUGCUUCAACUAAUCGUUCAAUUGCGGGAGCAUCCCUAUCAUCACCUCAUAUUGUAAGCGAGAAGUCCUUGCUGGACUUUGCCCAUGAAAGGGAGAAGAAGCUGAUCCAAGAUAUCACGGACCUGCAGUGGAGGCUAAUAUGCACGCUGGAGGAGCUACGAAGGCUUAAAGCAAGGAAUGCUUAGGUCAGUAUCUGCACGUUUUAAUACAAGAGUGAGGUGUCAAUUCUGGUGUUAUUGCAGACCGCUAGUGUUCGACUUCAACUUUUCUGGCUAUUACACUGCCUCUGCACUACUACAAACUAAAGGAAAGCAUAAAGCAAGAUGGAGAAGAAAAAGCAGGUGCUUUAUCAGCCAGAGAAAAUUUUGGAAGAUAUGGAAGUCAUGAGAUUCAAAGGUUGAUGCAUCGAGAAAUUAUACCCAUGGGGUAUCUUCUGUUUUUUAUUGGAAAAUAUGUUAAUAGCGUUAGUGUUUGGGAUUCUAGGAAUUGCUCAGGAUAGAGCAAGUUGCGAUUGCUCGUGCUGGUUCAUUGGAUGUAUAUAAUUUAACAGCGUGUACCAAGAUGGUUGGCUGGCGAAAUAAUGUGUGAGAUACUUGUUUGGGGCUCAAGUCUGAUGAUUACUGAAUCAUGAAUCACUACUGGAUGGCACGUUAAUGUA